AUGUCUUCGUACGUAUCUUCAUACUAUCACUUCAAUGAGCAAGUCUUUCGAUCUGAUGUGAAAAAGGCGCUCUUGUCUGUAGAGAAGAUUCUGGAGGCAGAUCGUCGCCCUCGGCCUGCCGAAGAAGUGCAUCACAAGUAUGAAAACAAGUUCCAGCUCGCCAACAGCAUGACCAACCUUGCCAUUGUGGCUCAAAUGAAUGUCUUGGAACGAUUGGGAUUGACUCCAGACAUCAUUCGACAACUUGGAGACGACAUCAAGACCAAGACAACUACACUACGUUUUGAUGCAAUUGAAUCUUGCGAAUUCAUAAUGGAGCAAACCGUUGAUGUGCACGAUGCCAAUUCCACACAGACUGUGAGCCAAUCGUCUACUUCCAUUGGAUCUUCAAUGUUCAAUUCUAGUUCUUCGACUAUCCACAAGGUCAUCAAAAAGGUCAAGGAAUAUCACUGGAACAUCAAGACUCACUGGGAAAUUGCAGUAUUCCCGGGUACAGAAGUUGAAAAAAGGAUUGUGCUUCAAAGCCGAGAUGCGUCCGUUGUCGUCAUCACUCAAUCCAAAGAAGCUCCCAUACCAACGAUGCAGAAGCGUACACCUAUGGAUCUCAACUUGACGUGGGUGCUGAAGCAGAUUGAUAUGGAAACCAGAGCCACCAACUUUACUAUUGAUACGACUAUCGCCAAGACACCUCGUCGCAAUCAACAAGUCGAAGCAGCCAUGGCAUUCUUCUGCAAACGAAUGAAAGGCUGGCUUUGCGAUGUGAAACGUUACUUUACAAAUGUUUUGCAGCCGAUCAUUAGCAAGACUCACAAUCCAGCUGUUGCACCACCAUCACGCCCACAACGACUGCAUGUCUUAUGCUCGGCAAAUGACCUAUUUCGACCAAUCUUACCUCUGUUGGAAGAAACGGACCACGAAACAAGGAAGGGGGAUAGUGCACAAACGUCGAUUCUUGAUGGUAGUAACGACAGCGAUGAUCCGGAAUCCAUUUCUACUUUGUCCCUGCGUCCUGCUGGAGGUAGGGCUGACCAAGACGAAAAAUGGCAGGUGUUGUCAGGGAAGGAUACCGUCCAGCUGUUGAAUUCUCAAGUCCAAUCCAUUGUUACCAAGAUUCAGAGUCUUCAGGAGUCUUACCCUCCUUCUAAUGACGGUGAGCUAUUUUCCAUUGCCGAGGCGACAGUCUUUCUCAUGUUGGAUCACUCGGAAAAGCUUUGCUUGCAGUAUCAGCAUGCCAUUGGAUACCUGGAAAAGAUGUUGGAGAACCAACUCGUUGCAGCAAUCGGCAAGCGUGUAACCAAUGAUGAUCUCGAAGAGUUUGUCCGCUUCCACAAUGCCAAGUUUCUGACGAUUCCGCCAAAGCCAUUUUGUCAUGCCAUUGGUCGCCCCAACCGCUUCCCAUAUGGUGUCUUGAGUAUCGAAAGCAAGGGAGACAGCGACAAUACCAUCCCGAUUGAGACCAUGAUGCGACCAGUCCAAAUGGAAGCUCCCCUCGAGGUCCCACUCAAUGCAGCGACAACAUUGCAACUGACUGGCAAUACGUAUUUGCAUGGAUGGAUGCACCAGCGCUCAGAAUCAGGUGGCACCAACAAGUCAUUUCAGCUAUCAGCUCGCGCGCGUCAGUUUUCGUCGUUUAUGUUGGUGAUUGGAACCAUGGCAGGUCCCAAUAAAUUGAAUCCCAAGGAUGCUAUCAUUCUGCAAAAUAAGGACGAGGUGCUGAUUCCACUACUAUUGGAAGAGAUUCCGUCUGCAAAGGAGUUUAAGGAUGCCAUCGAGUCGUUGUCACCAGAGCAACAGCGAUUUGCCAAGUCAUUCCGCGGGAUGCAAUUGGAGUCUUCAGUGUUUGGCGUUGCUGUGAUCCAGAUCAAGCCUCAACUAGAGGCUCUACUAGGACUACCUGAAGACUCGUUGGCGAAGGAGAUCAAACUGACCGAAGAUCUGAUGGAGCUGUUUGUGGAGUACCAGGUUCCAUCUGAUUUGCUGUCCUACGACGAACUUGCUGUGGCAGUGAGUACGAGCGAGAAGGUGGACAUCGUACGUCAAAAUGUGAAGGCAGUGAUGAGUGUGGUCGAAGGCACAAAAGAGAAGCAAUUGGAAGCGAAGACGAUGAAGGCUGAAAUGGCUGUGGCAUCAGCUGCUCAAGAAUUGUGUUUUGAACAAGAUACAAUUCCAUCUAUAGGGGCUUCGUAUGGGGAUUAUUCGCCUCCCCCUUGUGGAAGCAUGCGCAGAUCUGCUGGCGGAGGAGGCGGCGGUGGACGAGGUGGCGGACGACGAGGUUUUGCAGAAGUACUAGGCUUGGGAGCAAACUUUUCUCGUGCGCCCUCCAGAGAGGAAGGCUGUGGCUCCCCGCCCCCGCAGGUGUUGCUGGGAAGAUCGAAAGGCAAUGUGAUUCCAAAGAAUAGGCAGCUCGACAGGGGUGCACCCCCUCCUCCCAACAGUACAGAUGCCGUAUGGAUAAAGCAGGAGCCUGACUAUGACUGGAGUAGCGAAAAGCCCAAAGAUGCCCUUUGGAAAAAGGAGGAGCCGAAUUACGAUUGGUCUGGUGCCCAACCAUUUGAGAGACCAGCGGAUGGUUUAGUUACACUUUCUACAACCUCUCGGGACGACGACGAGCCAGGUGAAUACAAAAAACAAAACGUGGAAAAUAAUAUAGUCCCAAAUAGCACCUCGAAGACAAAACGUUCGCCCUCUCAGGCAGUUGAUUUCACCAGUAUUCCCAAAACGCUGGACGCAACCAUCGAAAAAUUCGACAAGGACAGCACUCUUCGAUCCACAAAACUCAAAACAAUGGACACAUGGUCACGCAAGCGACAGCCAGAUCUGCUCACAAAGCCAACAACAAAUACGCUAGCGGCAAAGGAUGUCAAAUCCGAGUCCAACAAGGCUUAUGAUCUCCUGGAUGCCAUCAGUCGAAGUGGUUCGUUGCCCAUUGCCUACUCUGACUUGCAUGUGGUCGUUUGUGUGACGCAUUGUUUUGCGAAGGAUGUGAUGGCGACUGUGGUAGAAGAUAACGUGAACCCUAUCGAAAAGCUCGAAAUGUCGACAUUAUUGCUGGGAUCGGCUAUCCAUGGAACAAAGCCGAUAGAGUUGAUUGCUGAGGAGGCAAACCGUGCUCGAUUUCAGUCUUCGUUUCCGCUUAUGCUCGAAACAGAAGGAGGGGCUGUUUAA